GUUUCUAAAACAGAUGUUGACCAGACAACUUAUAAAGUUGAUAAAGAGAUCCGUACAAAAGAUGAUAAUACUGUUGAUAAUUUUUACAUAAUUCAUUUAUAUGACAAAUCAUGGCAAUCCUCAUAA